CUCGCAAGGCAAGACUGCGUCAGCUCGAAAUACUCUCGAAGGAGAUUUAGAGAAAUCAGGAUGAGGAAUUUCGCCUUUGUGCUGCUCGGUGCAGUCACCGUGGUCAUCGCUCAAAAUAGCCAAGGACAAUACACUAGCAAAUGGGACAGCAUCGACACGAAGAGCAUCAUAGACAACCAGCGCCUCUUCUCCAAGUACAAGGCAUGCAUUCUCGGCGACACAACCACUGGCUGUCCUCAGGAAGCUCUUUACCUGAAAAGUGAGUAG